UCCUUUCCUGGCUGUAGAUCAUGCUGGUGUCCCCUGCAGCCGAGCGCAGUCAGGACGCUUUACUCUCGGUCCUGCAGGACGUCCUGGAGGAUCAGGCUGAGCGAGAGCUGUUCGCCCUGGAGCUGGGCUCCGGUACCGGACAGCACGUAGUUCACUUUGCUCAGGAGUUAAACUUUAUCACCUGGCAGCCGUCAGACAUCACGGAGGAUUCACGAAACAGUAUCCGGGCUUACAUUAACGCCACCAGGGUGAAGUCAGUGCUGGAGCCAGUGUUCCUGGACGCCAGGGAACCAUGGGAGAAAUGGGCGGGGCUCCCACAAACUUCCUGUGACAUCAUCAUGGCGAUUAAUCUGCUGCAGUACAGCGGCUUCAGCACUGCACAGGGUGUCUUUAAAGGAUCUGGACAGAUUCUGAAGCAGAACGGCAUCUUAAUGACUUAUGGACCGUAUGCCAUCAACGGAACAAUCAUCCCAAGCUGCAAUGAAGAAUUAGACCAGAAACUGCGGGAAAUGAAUCCAGAGUGGGGUCUUCCAGACAUCGAUGUGCUGAGACAGCUCGCGUUUGGGAAUGGGUUACGUCUGGAGAGAAUGAUCGAGAUGCAAGAAAGCAACAAAUGCCUGAUCUUCAGAAAACUGUGACGUACAGCUGGUCCAUUUCAGAGUGAACAUCUCGUAGUUUUUUUUUUUUUUAAAUAAAAUCAAAUUCUGUAACCUUUAAACAAAUCUUGUUGAUCAACUCCUGCACAACAUUUUGUCCUGCUGUCCUUCAUAUAUAGAGUUAAUUUUGUGUGAAAAGUAUUCAUAUUACAAAACCACAAGCAAAAUACACUACAUGGCCAAACGUAUGUGGACACCUGACCAUAACAUUCAUACUGACUCUGCUUGUUGAACAUCCCA